CCACUCCAACCCCAAUUUUUUCACAUUUUCUUCACAAUCAUAAGUGACACAUACUUUGAUCCUCCUAAAAUGGUUUUAUGGAAAAUUUUCGAUAAAAGUCGAUCGAUCAAUUUGAAGUCACAUUGAAUUACUAUGGGAAAAUCGAGGAGAAACAAAAUUUAAAUUUUCAAAUAAAUUUUUUUCAGAGUUUUUUGUAAUUUUUGAUUCAAAAUUGAACAUUGUUUUAAUUGGAAAAUAUCAAUAUGGUCAAGAACGGAAGUAGAGCAAUGCACUUAAAGUGCUUGAAAAGUUUGAACUGUCCGAAAGCAGUUGCUGGAAGACUUGCAAAUAAUGAAGAGAGAAGGGAGCUGAAGCGACAACGAGAAGCGGGGAUGAUAGUUGAUGAGCCAAAAACAAAGCACAAAAUGACGCUCAGAUCUGCAGCGAAGGUAUCGCAAGCUCGGCAACGCCGGAACGUCCGAGCAUCAUCAUCGUCGUCUCGUGAAUCCGUUAUGCAUGAUCUUCAGUCGUCAGUUCAACAAAGCCGGAACGUCCGAGCAUCAUCGUCGUCAUCUCGUGAAUCCGUAAUGCAUGAUCGAGGCUGUUAUGAAGCAUAUAUCAUUGAAAGAAAAGAAAGUGGACAGGAUGAUUUUGUUGCAAUUUGAAACACUCGUUCGAAUGUGAGGAAAUAGCGGCGGAGUCGCUUCUGCAAUAGCGAUUGAAGCAGCAAUUCUUGGAAUACGUGUACCAACUUCUAUUGCUGUGACUGGUGCUAUAAAUGAAGAGGGCGAAGUGCUCCCUGUGAGUGAUAUUGUCGACAUGGUCACGCAUUGCUUCGAUGAGAACAUUGAAUCCGUGAUUGUGCCGUUGUCUAACUACUCUGAAAUACCGGAGCUACUAAAGCUCAGAGUUGAAGUCCACCCAGUGAAACAUCUGUCAGAUGCAAGGAAAAUUAUUAGAGAUUGUGCUCAAAAGACAGCUACAACUGCAAACAAUAAAACAUGAUCCAAGCGAGUCAAACACUUCUUCAUUCGUCCGCUCAUCUUCAAGUACCAGAACUUAUACCAUAUCUGCCCAUAUUUAUACCAUAUUUAUACCAUACCCAUAUUUGAGAAAUAAAUUUUCGGAAUUUUUGUU